AUGCUGCUGUACGUCACCGCCUCCAGCCACGCAAUAAGUGCAGUCAUGAUCGUUGAGCGCAAGGAGGAAGGGAAAGAUCAGCUGACUCAACGACCAGUCUACUACAUAAGCGAAGCCCUAAUCGAGUCGAAGCAGUGGUACCCGCACUACCAAAAACGGGUACACUCCAUGCUCAGGGCCCAGCGGCGACUGGCCCCUUACUUCCACGAACAUCCCAUCAAGGUAGUCGCUUUAACACCACUCGCUGAUAUCAUCCGCAACCGUGACGCAACCGGCCGGAUCACCAAGUGGGCAGUCGAACUCGACGUCCACAACAUCACGUACGAGUCACGCCACGCCAUCAAGUCCCAAGCACUAGCCGACUUCCUCGCCGAUUGGGAAGAAGCCCAGCAGCCGAGCUCCCCGGCGGAUCUCAAGUAUUGGACACUACACUUCGAUGGCUCCAAAAACUUCGAAGGAGCGGGAGCAGGGGUCGUCCUCACUUUGCCUAAAGGCGACAUCGUGAGAUACGUCCUGCAACUCCGAUUCGAGCCCUGCACCAACAACAUGGCCGAGUACGAGGCACUCCUCCACGGCAUGCGCAUCGCGAAAGAAAUGGGCGCAACACGACUACGUUGCCUCGGUGACUCCGAUCUCGUCGCCAGCCAGACAUCCGGCACCUGCGACGCCACCGAUACCAACAUGAUCGCCUACAAGCGAGCGGUCGACCAGGCCGGCGCCAUCUUCGUCGGCCACGUCGUCGAGUGGGUCGACAGGCGCAAGAGCGAAGAGGCAGACGCAUUGGCCAGGCUCGGGUCCAAGCGACUCCCACCCCCUCUAAGCGGCUUCCUCGACAUCCUUACUCACUCGUCGGUGCGCACGCCGCGGGAGAUCGACAUCGCCGAACCACCCGCACCCGACUCCGUCUUAGUCGCACUCGCCUCCGACACUGGGGAUUGGAUGGAGCCAUACAUAAGCUACCUCGAGCGCCAGGUAUUACCGAUGGACGAGACAAAGGCUUGCAUGUUCGUACGCCGCUGCAAGUCCUUCACCAUCAUCAACAAUGAGCUCUACAAACGCAGCGUUUCCGGAGUAUUCCAGCGGUGCGUUCCCACCGAAGAAGGGCGCAAGAUCCUGCGUGACAUCCACGCAGGCGACUGCGGACACCACGCAGGCGCGCGUUCGAUUGUAGCCAAAGCCUUCCGCCACGAUUUCUACUGUCCAACAGCCCAUGAAGAUGCAGUCGACCUCGUCCGCAAAUACGCGAGCCAGUCGCACAUGGCGGGCUCGACACUGAAAACCAUACCCCUCACCUGGUUGUUCGCUGUCUGGGGCAUGGACAUGGUGGGAAAAUUCAAGACAGCCCCCGGCGGGUACACUCACCUCCUUGUCGUCGUGGACAAAUUCACCAAAUGGGUGGAGGCGAAACCCAUCAAGAAGUGCGACGGCAAAACGGCCACCAAAUUCUUACGGGAAUUGAUCUACCGCUACGGCUACCCUCAUAGCAUCAUCACGAACAACGGAACCAACUUCGCCAAGGGAGGAAUGGCCGAUUUUUGCGAAGAAAAAGGCAUCCGACUCGACCUCGCGUCAGUCGCACACCCGGAGUCGAACGGGCAAGCAGAAAGGGCGAACCAGAGCAUCCUCCACGGAAUCAAGCCACGACUGGUGGUACCCCUGGAGCGCGCGGCCGGAUGCUGGGCUGAAGAACUCCCAGUCGUACUCUGGGGCAUUCGCACAACACCGAACAGGUCGACUGGCUUCACGCCUUUCUUCUUGGUGUACGGCGCUGAAGCUGUCAUGCCCACCGACAUCGCCCAUGAUUCACCACGAGUCGCCAACUACGUCGAAGAAGAGAACGAGCACGCUCGGCAAGACAACGUCGACCUCCUCGACGAGGUACGAGACCUCGCACUCUCCAGGACGGUCAUUUACCAGCAAGGCCUUCGCCGCUACCAUAGUCGCCGCGUCCGCGGUCGCUCCUUCCAAAAAGGCGACCUCGUCCUCCGGUUAAUCCAGGAAAAGAAAGGCAUGCACGAGCUCUAUCCCCCUUGGGAAGGACCGUUCGCCGACAGAGGCGAGACACUCACCAGGGAAGUUGAGAGCCCCUGGAACAUCAACCUCCUCUAUCGAUUCUACACUUUAUCAAAUAAAGUCGCAUGUUGCCUCAAUCGCCUCCCUCGACCGUCUCGCCAUCUCUCGCCGCACUGA